CCAACAGGCCAGCUGAACGCAGCCGAUAUAACCCCCCUUCCAGAGAAGAGUUAGGGCCUCCAACAUCGAAAAAAAGCCAUAAGUAAGACGCACUCACUCCUCAAUAACCUCUAGAAAAAAAGACAAAAGCAAAAGAAAAGAAACGCCUAAACUAAACUUACCGGUAUUCCUCUCUCAACUGCAUUGCAGACCUAAAUAUAUAUCCUUUCCUCGAGCUGCCCACAGCAAACGAUGCUGAAUUUCGAACAUGAGCUCCGCAUGCGCCUGGAUAUGUUCUUCCGCCAACACACCGGCUUCUCCUCCUACGCCCACUUCCACUCCAUCCCCCCCAUCUUCCGCGAGGAAAUCUUCGACCAGCUGCUGACAACCGAUACCUUCCUCAUCAUGCCGGACAGCGACGUCCGCGACGCCGUCCUCGGCGACGCCAUUCUGCUCUGCCAAAAAUACAUCACCCAUGACACCGCUGUCGCCAAGGAGGCCCUGGAAACCUAUUACGAGAAAAACCACUUCCAGAUCGUGAACGCCCCCUUCCUCGCCGAGCUGCUGACCUACCUGGACGACCCGCACUGCGAUCCGGACGACGGCUUCGACCCCAAGAUGCACGUCCAGCAUCUGAGUCUCGGCUUCGAGUGGGACUGGCUCGAGGAGUUUGGCGCCGGCGAGGAUGACCCCGCCGCAACCGUUGAGGGCGUCCUAGGCAUGCUAGCUACCUGCCCGAAGUUGAAGGAGGUGGCGUUUGAGAUUAAGGGGACGCCUGAGGGCAUCGCGCGCAUGCGGGAGGUGUUUACAGCGCAGGCGGCGGCGUUACAGAGUCUGGAUGAGCGGUUGCGGUUGAAUACCGAUGAGGGCGAUAUCCCCGCGGGGCUGUUGGUGUUGGAGAUUCCGUUUAAUCGGCAGCUGCAGCGGAGGAUGAUUCCGCAUCCGUGGUGGGAUUUGGAGCGGAAGGAGGAAAUGGAGCUUUUUGAGGAGGAUUGGUGGGAGCGGUUAGAGAUUACGGAGCAGAUCCCGGAGGAUUUGUUGGUUUGAUGGUUGAUGGUUGAUGUUAAUACGUGGUGUUAGGACUUUUUUUUCACCUUCUGUUUCCUUUUUUGGGUUGAGAUGCGGGUUUGGG